CUUGCUAUCCUGUAUUAAAAAAUAGUACCGGUUAUGAAAUUCACUCGUGAAAACGUCUCAACGAGUAAUCAUGAUAACAAAUUUACUAUAUGCAGUGAAAAGAACUUACUCAUUUACUUAAAAAACGUGCGAAAUUUUAAAGGUGUUAAUUUAAAUUCUCAUUUAUAAUUGCACAAGAAAAUACACUCUAAUUAAAAUUAAAAACCAACAAAGCGAAUAAUAUAAUCAAGACGGUGUUAACGAAAUGCUCCAACGGCUAUGAUUGCCACACUUUUCAUCUUCUUUGCAUUUAUACGUGCGUUCCCUUGGCGGAGACGACGGCCACGUCCAAUAACACUCCCACCAUCAAGUCUACCACAGCCACUAUCCGCCCCACAAACAACAACAGGCCAAACACAAUCCCACCCAUCACCAACAAAGAUUGUUACAACAGCACCCAACGAAUACAGUGCAAAACCGCCAUUAACAACGCUCACAAACGGCAGCGCAGUGGCGAGUGAGCAACACGGCAUCGCACUCAGCAGCAACACCUAUGAUGACGCAAAAACGGUAGCAGCUUUUGAUGAAUUAGAUAAAACUCCGCGACGUUCUUCGGUGCAGCAAAUGCGUCGAAAAUCCUCAAAAUCAAUAAAAUAUCAUGAAGUUACUUUCAGUGGUAGUGUUGGGGGCGGUGAAAGUGAUGAUAACGAAAACGAAACACCACAGAAGAUACGCAGUUCCCAACAUAAACCGAAUACUCAGCAGCAUCCCCACCAACGACAGCGACAAACACAAUUGUUGCAACAUCAACAAACGCUAAGCACUUAUUCGCGUCCCACCUCACCGGAUAGUCACAGUUCUGCGUCGCAUUAUCGCUCGUUCAGCAGCGGUCACAGUGAGCGCACAGCAAACUCCACCGAUUACGAAACUGCCAGCAGUGAGUUUUAUAAUAGCGCCAAGACGCGAACUGACGUAGCGCUAGAGAGUUAUGUUGAUGGGGGCGAUAGUACUAUAAGUGUCAGUGGUGUCAUUAAUACGAACGGUCAACUACACCGACGACGUUUUCCACCGCAACGCGCCGCAACUGUUGCCACUGAUACGCUAGGCACUGACGACGAGGGCACUACUACUGAUGCUCACUAUGAGGAUGCUGAAGAGGCGGUGGAUGAUGAUCAUGAUCCAGAUUCAUAUGAUCGUGAAACAGAGGAGUUCUAUAGCAACAUACAGGAUGCUGUUGGCCCACCGGGUACGCGCAGUAAACGAUCAUCGCUUUUCUCUCGCUCUGAUUCCUCGGCUACUACGACUUCGUCCAGUGGUGGUGGUACCUUUACAGGCGGUAAGCGGCGAUCUACCGCUUCGAUCUUAUCGUCUUCAAUGUGCUCUGACGUGAUACCAAUCGAUCGUCGAAGUUCAACGGCUACCGAGUAUAGUAUACGAUCAGCGUCGGGACAGCGACGCUCGAGUGGCCGCAUACGUCGUUACGUAUCACGAAUGACGAUCGCCGGCGCGCGACGUCGCACCACCGGCAGCUUCGAUGUAGAAAAUGGCCAAGGCGCUAGAUCUCCGCUUGAAGGCGGCUCACCAAGUGCUGGUUUGGUACUACAAAAUCUUCCACAACGUCGCGAAUCGUUCUUAUAUCGUUCGGAUUCGGACUUUGAAAUGUCCCCGAAGUCGAUGUCUAGAAACUCAAGCAUAGCAAGCGAAAGGUUUAAAGAACAGGAGGCCUCUAUCCUGAUUGACCGAUCCCAUGGCGAAGAUCUAAUUGUCACACCAUUUGCCCAAAUUUUGGCCAGCUUGCGUUCAGUGCGCAAUAACCUUUUAAGUCUGACAAAUGUGCAAGCAUCUAAUAAAUCCAGGCGCCCAACACAAUCUUCCAGCGUGGGACGUGGUGCCACAGCCGGCGUUCAAUUGGUUCAAGGAGAUGAAUCCUAUAAUCGCUUGGCCACAGACACAAUUGAGGAGUUGGACUGGUGUUUGGAUCAGCUGGAAACUAUACAGACACAUCGCAGUGUAUCGGACAUGGCAUCACUUAAGUUCAAACGUAUGCUCAAUAAAGAAUUAUCACACUUCAGCGAGUCGAGCAGAUCUGGCAAUCAAAUAUCAGAAUAUAUUUGUUCCACAUUUUUGGACAAACAACAAGAAUUGGACUUGCCAUCGAUGCGCGGCGAAGACAAUACGGAACAACAUGGCAUGUUGUCCCAGCAUCAGCGUUGCCGCUCCCCUCGUGGUCCCCCCAUGUCACAGAUAUCCGGUGUAAAACGUCCACUAUCCCACACGAACUCUUUCACCGGCGAACGUCUACCCACAUUCGGUGUGGAAACAGUUCACGAGAAUGCGCUUGGCACGCUGCUCGCCGAUGUCGAUACGUGGGGCAUUGACAUUUUCAAACUUGGCGAUCUAAGUGCCAAUCGUCCGCUCACUUGUGUGGCAUAUACCAUAUUUCAGAGUAGAGAACUACUGACCAGUCUUAUGAUACCACCGAAAACUUUUAUUAAUUUUAUGACUACUCUGGAGGAUCAUUAUGUUAAAGACAAUCCGUUUCAUAAUUCACUACACGCGGCCGAUGUUACACAAAGUACAAAUGUACUGCUCAAUACACCAGCGCUGGAGGGCGUAUUUACAUCAUUGGAAGUUGGUGGAGCAUUGUUUGCUGCAUGUAUACACGAUGUUGAUCAUCCUGGUUUAACAAAUCAAUUUUUAGUUAAUUCAAGUUCCGAAUUAGCCUUAAUGUAUAAUGACGAAUCUGUUUUGGAAAAUCAUCAUUUAGCAGUUGCCUUUAAAUUAUUACAAAAUCAAGGAUGUGAUAUAUUCUGUAAUAUGCAAAAGAAACAACGCCAAACAUUAAGGAAGAUGGUUAUCGAUAUUGUUCUAUCAACGGACAUGUCUAAGCACAUGAGUCUGUUGGCCGAUUUAAAGACUAUGGUAGAGACUAAAAAGGUUGCCGGUUCCGGUGUGCUAUUGCUGGACAACUACACCGAUCGCAUACAGGUGCUCGAGAAUCUGGUGCAUUGUGCCGAUUUGAGUAAUCCAACCAAACCGUUGCCAUUGUACAAACGCUGGGUUAGCCUACUCAUGGAAGAGUUCUUUUUGCAGGGCGAUAAAGAACGUGAAUCGGGCAUGGACAUUAGUCCCAUGUGCGAUCGUCAUAAUGCAACAAUCGAAAAAUCGCAGGUCGGAUUUAUCGAUUAUAUUGUGCAUCCACUAUGGGAGACAUGGGCCGAUCUGGUACAUCCAGACGCACAGGAAAUACUUGAUACGCUUGAAGAGAAUAGAGACUAUUAUCAGAGCAUGAUACCACCAUCACCACCCCCAUCGGCGGCCGACGAUCAACCCUCCGACGAAAAGAUUCGAUUUCAAGUAACACUUGAAGAGUCCGAUCAAGAGAAUUUAGCCGAACUGGAAGAGUGUGAGGAGAAUGAGCAUAGCAAAACGGAGGCAACCGCGACGACGGCGACGAGUGAGAAUAAACCGUCGGGGAAUGAAAAUCAAAGUCAUCACAGUGGAAUGUGACGGAGAGUAGCAGGAUUAUGUAAGAAAAUCACCGAAAAGGCGCAAAAUUUUUUGCUAAUACGUUAGAAACAACUGCAAGCAGCUAGUGAAAUAAACAACAACAAAAAUGCCAAAAAAUACAAAAAAAACACAAAACUUUCAAUUUACAAAACUGCAAUUUUUUGCAACAAAAAAAAACACAAUUAAAACACAUGAAGCAAAACAAAAAAAAAAAUAAAAAACACAAAAGAAAAGAGUUAAAGGAUGAUGGACAAGAUAUAUAAGGAAGUCAUAAUGGAUGAAAAAAAAACAUAAAAUAUAUACAUAUGGAAAUUUCAUAGUAGCAUAACCAAGACAAAGGAGAUGAAGAAGAAAACUAAAAGCAAAGGCAUGCAAUUAAAGUCAAAUAACAUGAAGAAAUUGAUAAUGUUACUUUAAAACUCAAAAUUGCCAAUAGCGGUUAGAAAAAAUUAAACACAAAGUGAGAAGAUAACUAAACACACGUUCACACACACACACAUAUACAUAUAUAUCCAAAGAAACUCAGCACAAAUGUUAAACAAAAAAUGAAACUAACACACGCACGCGUGCACGCAUACAUACAAAACUAAAACAAAUAAAAGCAGAGGCAGUAAUUUUUUAAAUUGAAAAUCUGCUACAUCAACUUUAUUUCAUUCAUUUACAAUUAGAACCAUUUCAGAACAGCAAACUAGACAAAAUGGCAGCAACUUUUUCGUAAAAAUCGAAAGCCAUUAAAAUGAAUUAAACAAAAGCAAGAAUAUUAAAAAAAUAAGACGAAACGCAAGGUUGUAAUUGAAAUCUUCUAAUUUUUUCAUGCUAGAAAUGGAAAAUAGUUAUGCAGUGGCGGCUGAAAGCGUCAAUAGCCAAUAGCGAAUUCCAAGUCCAUGAAAUACGCGCAAAACAAUUCAUAAAAAAUAAUAACCAUUAAACGCAUAGCAUUAUUUAUUUACACAAAUAUUGAAAAAUGGCUGAAGUUUCAAAAACUUACUUGACUACAAAAAACUGCUGACUAUUUUAAAAUGAGUUGACGCAAGCCAAAAUAACAUUACCUACUAAGCGAUAAAUUUAAACAAAGAACAAGUUUUAAAUAAAUUUUAAUUAUGCUGCUCAAAAAAUUUGAAUGAAUGCAUUGCUGCGAAGGAUUACAUCCGAAAUAGUAGGAAAAAUUCAAGGAUAGUUUUAUGAAAUAAAUUUGAACAACAAUUUUUAGCUUGCAAUGUGCAUUUUAGAACUUGUUUUGUUUAUUUAAUUUAUGAAUUUUUGUGUACAUUGAAAUGCUACUACUAAGUUGAUGUAAUGUAAAAUAUAUUUAUUUUUGUACAACUAAUACUAAUUAUUGAAACAUUGAAAAUAGAAAGUGUGAAUUAAAAAAUUGAAGAAAAAUCAAGAAAUAUAA